AUGUCCGGGAAGAACGAGCAGCCCAACGAGGCGGAGAAGAACAUUGAGAUCUGGAAGGUCAAGAAGCUCAUCAAGCGCCUCGAGGCCGCCCGCGGAAAUGGCACAUCCAUGAUUUCGCUCAUCAUCCCCCCCAAGGACCAGGUUUCGCGCGCUGCCAAGAUGUUGGCUGAAGAGUUUGGAACGGCCUCCAACAUCAAGUCCCGCGUCAACCGCCUCUCGGUCCUGUCCGCCAUCACGUCGACCCAGCAGCGCCUGAAGCUGUACUCCAAGGUCCCUCCCAAUGGCCUCGUCGUCUACUGCGGUGAAAUCAUCACCGCAGAGGGCAAGGAGCGCAAGAUCAACAUCGACUUUGAGCCCUUCAAGCCCAUCAACACGUCGCUGUACCUGUGUGACAACAAGUUCCACACCGAGGCCCUGAGCGAGCUGCUCGAGUCGGACCAGAAGUUUGGCUUCAUCAUCAUGGACGGAAACGGCGCCCUCUUCGGCACCCUUUCGGGAAACACACGCGAGAUUGUUCACAAGUUUUCGGUCGACCUGCCCAAGAAGCACGGCCGUGGUGGUCAGUCGGCGCUGCGUUUUGCCCGUCUGCGUGAAGAAAAGCGCCACAACUACGUCCGCAAGGUGGCCGAGCUGGCUGUCCAGAACUUCAUCACCGCCGACAAGGUCAACGUCGCCGGCAUCAUUCUCGCUGGUUCGGCCGACUUCAAGAACGACCUCAACCAGUCCGACCUGUUCGACAACCGCCUGCAGUCCAAGGUCAUCAAGGUCGUCGACGUGUCGUACGGAGGCGAGAACGGUUUCAACCAGGCCAUUGAACUGGCAGGCGAGACGCUUAGCAACGUCAAGUUUAUCCAGGAGAAGAAGCUCAUCAACGAGUACUUUGACCACAUCUCCAAGGACUCGGGCAAGGUCUGCUACGGUAUCGACGACACGCUCAAGGCGUUGGAGGCUGGUGCCGCAGAGACGCUGAUUGUCUUUGAGAACCUGGAAAUCACGCGGUGGGUUCUCAAGAGCUCGUCGGGUUCGGAGAUCAUUCUCCACACCACCAAGGCUCAAGAAGAGGACCGAAGCAUCUUCAUGGACAAGGAGACGGGCCAGGAGAUGGAAGUCAUUGACCAGGGCUCGAUGCUCGAGUGGCUGGCUGAAAAGUACCGCGACUUUGGCGCCAACCUCGAAUUCGUCUCGGACCGUUCUUCCGAGGGCAACCAGUUCGUCAAGGGCUUUGGUGGUAUCGGCGCCAUCCUCCGUUACGCCCUCAACUUUGAGCAGCUCGCCGAGGUCGACGAUGACGAAGACGAGUUCUACGACGAUUGA